AUGCCCGGCGUCGUCAUGGAAAAAGUCAACGCCGAGGGACCUAUGCGAAGGUCGGAUGUAAUCGAGGCUACGAAUGGCGCACCUGGGUCAUUUGGGAACAUCGAUAAAUCCGGACAAUUCUCUGCAUCCAUGAACGGGCCGGUCCAUGUGAAUGGAGCAGGAAAAGGAGCAGAUGACUUGACUCAGCAUACCAAAGUAGCAUCUCAAACGACAGGAGAUAUGGUACCAGCACCCUUCGAACUGCCACACAUCACUCAAGGAUUCUUUCCCUUUGGAACACUCAUCAAUCGAGCUGUACAACAGUGCUGGAAUGAUCUUUCCGAUUUGAUCACCGAGUUAGCUGCUAUCCAAGUUUCCUCUGAAGGCUCCAAUGCCCCAAUGACAAAUGGGAAACCGACGGGUAAUCAGUCUUCAGAGAAUGUUCAUAAGAAAUUACGGAUCCUAGACUUUGCGCAUACUAAGAGAGCAGAGUUUAUCAAGCUUCUUGUUCUUUCCCAGUGGAGCCGACAGGCUGCAGAGGUUAGCAGGCUCAUUGAUAUCCAAGGUUUCAUCCGCACACGACACCAAGCGUACGAAAACGCAGUUCAAUACGUUGGAGAGGUGAAGCGUGACCUCGUUCGGGCUCAGGUCGCCAACCCGGAUUUGAAGACAGCUCUAGAGGUUCUUUCAAAGGGCACAGUAGCAUCUCUGCCAGAUUUCGGCUACAAGCCCCCCAAAUCAUUAACUGCACGCGCAACGCUGAAAUCAUUGCGUAAAAUUAACCGCAUUAUCAGCAUUCGGCUCGCAUUGCAUGACCAAGCACCUUGUCCAUUGCGGAAUUAUCGUGUCCAUGAUGGCCGAGUGACAUUCACCGUCCCUGGGGAAUUCGAGCUUGAUCUGUCAGUGGCAGAAGAGGCAAUGACUUCACAGUUUUUCUUCGUGGACAUACGCUUUCUUUUUUCCCCGUCAUCUCCCAUUCCGAAAGGUCGUAUCUUCAACGAGCUCGAUGCCAAGGUGAACGACCUUCUUCGCACCGAAGGCCUGAUGGGAUGCUACAAUUUUUUACAUGGGCUAGUCCUGACCAACAAGGUAAAUACACUCUUCAGACAAGCCAGGGACCUUGCACGGGGCUUAUGGUCUGAGGCUCUGCGUAUUGAGCUGUUGCAUCGAACCUUGGUCGUUCAAUAUUGGCCACUGCCGGCAGGGCCGAAAAGCUGGGUGGAAAUCGGUGUUCGAAGAGGCCCAACCCGAAGCUAUUCCCAGGAUUUGGGCGACCACGCAUCACGUCUUGGCCUUCGCUGGAUGCGAGACGGGCAACAAGUGAAUAGCGAUGCUGUUCAUUUUGAUACAGAGAAGCUGUCCAUGGAACGUAUUUUGCGAAGUGUUAUCGCAUUGCACGCAUCGCAUCUCCUCGCAACUGCCUAUACCACACUGAAAAAGUACAAACUUUUCUCUAACAGUACGCUGUCUUUGCGUGCGCAACUUUCUUCGACAGAACCAGGGGAUUGCUAUCUCGACAUUCAAUUAACAUUCUCCCGGCAUCUUCGGGCUUCUGUCGAACCCCUGUCAGGCAUAAUCACGUUAUCAGGUACAUCAAGCGCAUUAGAGCGCCAUGAGGGUGAGCGAGCCCCCAAUAAAUCGGCAAUUGAGGAGUUGCUCGCUCGCGUCACACGUCUCAGAUGCCUUACUGCGGUGGACGAAAUUGAGUCUGGCAUAAAGGCCCUUGGCCUUGAGAGUGUCAACCAAAGAGGCUUGGGGCUCGAUGUCCGGCGGCUGUUCCCUUCUAAUGUAUUGCGCUCCGCGUUCUUCACUCAUCCACAUUGGGAUCGUCGCUGGGUCGCUGCUGUGACAAGCAGCAUGGAUAGCGAUAACUGGUGGUUGCUUCGACUACACCCGGUGGAUGCCACUCGUAGUGGGACGCCCUUCGCUGUUCAUGAUCUUAACACCGGUUUCCCGCCAGCUCAUGCAAUUAGCAGAACGUUAAUGGCUCAGCAAGGGCGAUUCGACUACGCUGCCUGUGCAGAGCUUACUUAUGGCUUGACAGGGAUGCUGGCAAUUUAUGCCAAUGCACGGUGCCUGGCAGACUUGCCUAAUGCCUACUUCUAUCCGCCACUGGAGCAAUUGCAGUUGGGGAGUGACCUACAAGUGCCGGAUCUCUACUUGCAGUAUAAGACGUCCACGAUCCCUUCCGCAUUUCGGAUACCUUUGCCGUCAGGGCUUGAAAAAGAAUCCUAUCUGCAGGAUACUGUCCGUCUCUCAUUCCAUGGAAUUGAUCGUGAAAGUCAGUCAGUAGUCCUCAUGGCUUAUGGGACUUUACGAUUCCGUAUCAAAUGCCUUAUUCCACUUGUUUCACAGAUGGAUUCUUCCUUACUUCUGCAAGACAAAGGUAGCGGGUUUGCGCUUCGGUUGCUCGUACCAGCGGGCCACUCCGUGGUCCUUAUCCUGUUUGAGCGCCUGCAGCGACUUGAAUGUGUUCUAUCCAUCCUUCAAUCUCUUAUUCAGAAGCAUAUGGAGCCUCGGUCAUUGUCGCUUAACGAGGUCGCGUUCUCCUAUGGACCCAACAAGAAGUUCUCCUGUCGAUUCGGCAUCCAUGUCUCGGGGCCUUCUUUAUCAACCCAGAUCGAUGUUCCUCAGGCCCUGUCGAAUCUCGAUCCCCUUUUCCAGCUGCGCUUGCAGGUCAAUUUCGACUACCCUAGCCCUCACCGUCGCAUUUCGGAGUCCCUUACAGUGGCCUUGAACCAUCGCUUUGCUGAAUCCGGUGUCAACUCUAUCCUCGGCUUUAUGUCAGAUACAUUCCCGCUUCUGCACUGCCUCGAUCAAAUUACCCUCAAGCCGGCGCAGACACAGUCCUCACUGGUGCAUGUCACAGUGAGGACGCCCGUUUCCUAUCAAAUCCACUAUCCUCGCUUAAAAUUUCGUUUCCGACUGUCUGCUCGCCCGCGGAAUGGCCGCUCAGUAUGGGUUUUAGAGGAUGCCAAUGCUACUGAUCUGCUUGAUCGCAGUCAAAUCGUCGCAGCGGUACGAGAGAAGGUUUACAACUCCAAAGGCGAUGGCUGGCAGGGUAUUGGAGACGGUGCUAUGUCUAGCAUCGACGAAGUGGGAGGUCUCCUUUCCAGGCUCCACGAGUGCAUGUGUGCUGUUUAUCCAGUGCGCAACAAGCAGGACGAUGAAGGGAAACCGGAGCAGCCUGCUACAAGUCCGCCGCGUCCCCAGGGAGUUCCUCAGCCUCCCAAACUAGCCACGGCCUCGCCGCAGAAAGGCGGAAUGGGCAAGGCUGACGUCAUCACGAUCGAUUAG